CAAUUUAGGUCCUCCACUGGAUCCUGAAACCGUCCUUGACAAGUGAGCGCAUCUUUGUGCUCGUCUUCACCCGACGCGGAUGUAGUAGUCACCACAUCGGACACAUUUCCGGGCGUUUUGCCGUAGAGACAACCAAGCCAGCGCUGACACACUGCGGGUUCAUAUGAGUCGGUCGCUGUUCCUGUCGCCAUGCAGCUGAAGGUCACUGAUGGAUGGAUCAAUGGAUUUGCUGACUGAUGUAUGUUCCCAGUGAGGAGACUGCAGUCCUCCGGAGCCACACAGCACCUCCUCCCCGCCUCCUCCAGCAUCCCUUUCUCAUCUGUCCAGGGGCAUGCCUGCUGAACCCAGCCUCAGUAAGGAGAUGCUGACAGGACAGAGGCUUUGCCAGUCAAAGUCCCACCAGGACUCGGUGCUCUCUGCCCUCAACCAGCAGAGGAAAGAUGGCCUGCUUUGUGACGUCACCCUGGUGGCCGGUGAACAAAAGUUCCAUGCACACAAAGCUGUCUUAGCAGCGUGCAGUGACUACUUUCGGGCGAUGUUCAGCUUGUGCAUGGUGGAGAGUGAGGCAGACGAAGUGACUCUGCAAGGAGUGACCAGCGUUGGACUGAAGCACGCGCUAGACUUCGCCUACACUGGACAGAUCUUGCUGGAGCCUGCAGUGAUCCAGGACGUCCUGUCGGCAGGCAGCCACCUUCAGCUGCUGGAGCUGCUGGGUCUGUGCUCCCACUACCUCAUCCAGGAGCUGAGCAGCGUGAACUACCUGGAGUUGUACCGUGUGGCUGACCUCUUCCACCUACCCGCUUUGGAGCAGGCCGUGGUGCGCUUCCUGGUCCAGCACCUGUCCGAGCUGAGCCAGAGUCGGCAGGAGGAGGCUCUGCAGCUGCCGUACCGUCUCCUUAGAGAGGUGCUCAAGAGCGACCGGCUCACCUCUCUGAGUGAGGAGGAGAUAUGGAAGUUUGUAGUACUCUGGCUGGAACAUGACUGUCGGUACCAGUACACUGAGGAUCUUCUGCAACACGUCCGCUAUGGGCUGAUGGACGUCUCCACGCUGCACCAUCUGGCCCAGAGUCAUCCGCUGGUCCAGUCGAGCAACACGGCUGCCGCCCUGGUGGAGGAGGCUCUGGACUACCACAACAGCACCUUCGCCCAACCCCUUCACCAGUCGUCCCGCACCAGGCCCCGCUUUCAAUCCCUCACUCUCUACAUCGUUGGUGGGCGGAAGCGCGAGGUGAGCCGAGUCAAGGAGCUACGCUACUUCAACCCGGCCGCCCAGGACCACGUCCGCGUGGCUGGGGGGUCGAACUGGAGCGAGCUGGCGCAGAUGCCCACGGGACGUAGCCACCAUUGCGUCGCUGUGAUGGGGAACUUUCUAUUCGUCGUGGGUGGGGAGGUGGAACAUGCCACUGGAAGGACUUGCGCCGUCAGAACUGCGUGCCGAUACGAUCCCAGAGCCAACAGGUGGACUGAGAUCGCCCCCAUGAAGGCGUGCAGGGAACACUUUUUCCUUGGUGCUUUGGGUCAGUACCUGUAUGCAGUGGGGGGAAGGAAUGAACUGAGGCAAGUCCUUCCUUCAGUGGAGCGCUACUGUCCCAGGAGGAACAAGUGGAUGUUCGUCCAACCCUUCGACCGGUCCCUCUCCUGUCACGCUGGCUGUGUGGCUGAAAACCUCCUCUGGGUCUCAGGCGGUGUGACAAAUACAGCUCAGUACCAGAACCGGCUGAUGGUGUACGAGCCCGAUCAGGACCAGUGGCUGUCCCGCAGUCCCAUGUUGCAGAGGCGAGUCUACCACGUCAUGGCGGCGGUCCGGAGGCAGCUCUACGUGCUCGGGGGGAACGACCUGGACUACAACAACGACCGGAUCCUGGUGCGCCACAUCGACUCCUACAGCAUGGACCUGGAUCAGUGGACUCGCUGCAACUUCAGCCUCCUCACAGGUCAGAACGAGUCUGGAGUGGCAGUGCAUGAUGACCGCAUUUAUGUGGUUGGGGGCUACUCCAUUUGGACAAAUGAGCCCCUGGCCUGCAUCCAGGUGCUGGACUUGAGCAGAGGUGGGAAGGAGGAGGUGUUCUAUGGUCCGACUCUGCCCUUCGCCUCCAACGGAAUUGCGACAUGUUUCCUCCCUGCACCUUACUUCACCUGCCCGAACCUCCAGACGCUGCAAGUUCCUCAUCACAGGAUAGCCACCGUCUAAGUCAGCGCAAAGACCAUCAUGGGGAGGAGCAACGCCUUUUCAGACUGCAGUUUUGUUUUUUUUUGUUUGACAUGAAAAGAAUCACUUUUCCCCCCGCAACCCAAAACCAAGUGGAAAAUCAGAGGAAUUAUGAAAGGAUUCAGCUCAAGAAAAAAAGUCUUUAUUUUUUAACUCAGAUUUUAACAAGCUGAAAUGUUUCUAUUUUAAAACCCAGCUUCUCAAGUUAAUCAUGGAAUGACUGUUAACCAAAAUUUGUUUUUGGCUUAGCGAAUAAAGAUCUUUUAGUAAA